CCUCUGGUGACCCCGUAGUGCCGGUGGCGGGAGAUGUGUAGUCCGGUCAUCACAGAUAUUUUCUUGCCCUGAGAAACACUUAAACGAACAGCAACUGUUCCUCUACAAAAAGUCUAACGCUUCGUGUAUGAGUGGAUCGUUUGGUGUCAGUAUGAGAGACUGUUCACACCGUGGGACUGGGAUUCUUCGCCAUAAUCUUUGACCACUGACCAAGGAACCGCCCUGACUAUACUGACAGAGUCAGACACCCACCAUGGAACUCAGGACUCAGAAAAUUCUAACUAACAUCGGUUUCGGCAUCUGGUUUUUCAUCGCCGGUGUGGAAUAUGCUGUCAUCCUGCCCACUGCCUGGCUGUAUGUGGAGUCCCUCGGAGGAGACAAGUUUUUCUUCGGGAUGGUGUUCUCGUCUUUCAGCGUAGCCAGUCUGGUCUUCGGAAUCGUCUUCGGAAUCUGGGCUGACCGGGUUGGGAAGACCAAAUGGAUCGUCAUCUUUGCUAAUGUUUGGGGGAUAGCAGGAAGUGCGUUGUAUUCUGUGGGGAUGUCCAAGUACCUAAUCCUGGGUGCCCGCCUGCUGUCAGGGGCAGGGGCAGGAGUAGGGUCAGCCAUCAUGGCUCAUCUAACUCACACCACAACCAAUGAGGAAAGGACCAGGACAUUCUCUUUCUUCAUCGCUACACGCUUUAUCGGUGUCAUGGUUGGGCCAGGAUUCAACUUUGUUUUGAGGCUGUGUGAUUUCUACAUUGGUCCAUUCAAAAUUGAUGCAUACACAGCACCAGGGGUCUUCAUGGCUGCCCUGACCAUUUUACUGGAGAUAUACAUGGUGUUUUUUGUCUAUGACCUCCCCUACAUUGAUGCUGAACCAAACAGUGACUUUCCCCCCACUUCUGAGACAGUUAACAAGGGAAAAGAAAAUAUACAAAGCUCUACAACAGUACCCUCUAAUAACUUGACAGAGAAUAUGACAGUUUCUCAGGGAACUGCACAAGUUGAGAGUAAUCCAAGUAGUGUAAACAGUUACAACCAACAGUCAUAUGAGUCCUUCCACACGUGUCGCUCUAACAUGCAAUCUAUGACUGUUGAAAGUUCAGAAUUUUAUAAGACAGCCAGUUUUGAAAAUGUACUCAAUGGGGAGGUGGAAGGGCAUACGAUUGGUUGUUCAUCACAACCAAAUGGAGCUGUGAACAGUGAGCAUCAGGAUCAUAUAUCAGAGGCAGAGGAUGGUAUUACAGUGAACGCCAGUGAUGGAGCAAUACUAGAAAAGACAUCGAAUCAGUCAGGUCCUGUUACCCAGGAGACAGACAAACCCUCCUUCUUUACUUUAUUAGCAGAUGUAUUGAGAGAAGAGACAGUUGUUCUGUUGGCUGUUAUUUUCUGCAUUAUUUUCAACCAGGUCACAGUUGAGACGAUUGCAACACCAUUAUCGCAGGAAGUGUUUAGAUGGGGAGAGAAAGAAAACAGCAUUUUUUACAUGUGUGCUGCUGCAGAGAUGCUUGCCUGCUAUGUGGGCAUUGGAUGUAUUAGCAAGAAGUUCCAGGACCGUACCAUUAUCUUCGGGGGUCUGACACUGUCAUGCCUGUCUCUGGCAUGGCUUGUAGUUUUCAUCAAAGAUAACACCUACAACCCCAGCCUACUGCCAUACUUCAUAGUUGGAGCAGCCCUACAGCUGAUGAGUUUUGCUCCCAUCAUGAUUGCUUCAACAUCCCUCUUUUCUAAGGUCACUGAUAGAAGAAUUCAAGGUUUAUCCCAUGGAAUACGUCGUGCUGUUUCCUCUGUAGCCUGCAUCAUAGGUCCACUCUGGGCAGGUGCCACACUUCACAUGCUGAAUGUGCUUUUGGGAGUGAUGGUCGCUAUGCAGGGGCUAGUCAUGAUUCUGGCUCUUCUGUCGUUUCGACGUUUGAAAGAUCCACACCAUCAGCAGGACAGUGUUCCUUCCCUCAUGGUGAACACAGAGGCUGAUGAACAAACACCUCUACUGAAGGAUGCACAACCAGCUCAGGAAAGAGUCUAACAACCUACGUAUACAAUUUAUGUAGACAAGAUAUCAGAAUGACUUUAUUUAUAUUACAUGUAUUCUGCACUGUGUCUAGACAUGCAGUAGCUGUUGAUAUAUGUGUGAAAAGGCAUAUACAUGUAUUGUAUAUUUUGUAAUUGUUGCACAGCACUGGAUCCCCCUUUGGCAAUUUUAGUAGAACAAAAUGUGACAUGCAAUACAGUAGAUGUGACAUUCUGAUUGCAAUAUAUAUAGGCGGAGCCUGCAAAUAAAGUAUAAACUAUGAUAUAUAUUUUUACCUAUCUAUGCAAAUUGAAAUUAAAUAUUACAUCAUUGUACUGUAUAUAUCUUGAAGAAGGAAGAAUUUUACUUACUAGUAUUGUUUACCCAAUAGUAAUACAAACAUGUACAAUGUACAAUCAUCACAGCUCCAUUUUUUGUUUCGCAUGUGGUACAUAGAUAAGGUACCAUGAUAAACUUGCCAUUGUGCGUUGCAUUUCUGUGAUAUAAAUAUGACACUGGUACCUUGUGUGUGUGGUGUGUGGGAAAGGUACAUGUAAUGGAAAAGCUUCACUAAAAGUAUUAUGGAGAUCAUAGAAAAUAUUUUGAUAAAAGGAAGCCAUACUAUUGAAUAACAAAAUGUUUUUAAAAUGCCAACUCUAAAAAUACACAUCAAUAUUUCAAUCACCUUUAUCAUCUUUCUGUGUAUGUUACCCAAACAGCAUUUUUGUAUAUGUGAUCAGACAGUAUACUAAUUUGCUAAGAUGAUUAUUGGAUGUAGUGACCAAAGAGGAUUAUGUCUGCGGGAAAUAGUUAAGUCUGUGUGAAGGUUGACAAUCUUUAGAGAUGAGCUAUAAUGCAGCUUACCGUGAAUUCUAAUCUGAUGAAUCCUCAUAAGAAGUAUCCUUCUAUGAGAUUUAAAAAAAAAAUCUAUAUUUUCAUAUUGAUAAUGUGAGAGUUGACCAUUAACGUCACAUAUAUCUUGCAUGUUGCAAUGACAUACAGUUACUAGUCUAAGACAGAGUCAUUUUAGUUAAUGGAAAUUGACUGAGUCACUCAAUCUAUCAAGCUCACUUGGAACUGUUCCACUCAACCCGGAAAAAAAUUGUUAUAGUCCAUGACUCCAAACCUUAUUUCAUAUCACGUAAUUCUAUAAACAGGUAUUAAUAUAAAUGAUGUUUCAUUAUUUACAGACAACGAUACAAAUUACAUUUUUGUCCUUCAUUAACAAUAAGGCUGACAAUGGUGAACAAUGUACAGUUUUGAUAAACAUUACAAGUAUGCUCAAUUCCAGAUUACUUCAAACUUCUUUUGUAACAACUGCUCAACUGCAAACUAUAUUGGCUGAUACAGUGAGGCCCUUCUCUGCUUUUGUAAGAGGUAUUUCGAACAUCAAAUAAACAAACAUACAUACAUACAAUUGUAUCUGAUAGAACACAUGGACAGCAAUUUGUACUUACUAAUUGUAAACUAAACUAAUUGUGAACUCAACAUGUAGUAAGUACGAUGGAAUUACUGGUACAUAUGAUUUUCAUGAAUGACCAAAAUAUUAAAGAGAAUAACUUUGAUUUCCUUCUGUUAGAAUUAUGACAAAUAUAUAACAUCACAUCACAAUCAUAAAACAGUACAUGUAUAUAACGUUACAUCUAUCACAAUAUUCAUAAAUUCCGUAUUUGUGUGACAGGUGACCUUUGUUCAACUAGCUUAAACCCAAAAUAUAUUUUCUCUGAGAGGUGCUGGUUACCAUAAACGUUUUUGUACUGAUACAGCACAAAGGGAGGUGCUAGAAGAUACCGGACGGUGUAGUGGAUACCACCCGACCGGUGUAUUUAAAUGGGGAGUGGCAAUAGCCUCUACCAGGCUUCGGGAAGCGGUUGGAAAGAGUAGAAAUUGGCAAAAUAGACAGAUAACAUGCCAGGAGACUUUGUCCGUUAGAGAGUACAGUUCGGGAGUGGCAAACUGUACUCUUUCGCGGACCAACUCCC